GUUACCUUUCUGUCAACCAACGUUGACAAUCAAUUUAUAAACCUAAGCUAAGAUAUAUACGUAUAGUUAACCUAACCUUACUUUUAAUUUAACAUUCAUUUACUAAAAAUAAAUAACGAUAAAAAUACGCAGAAAUCUAGAAUUCAUUUGAUUAAUUAACGCGAAAUGCGUAGCGUUUUAAUGUACUGAUAAGUCAAUAUAAUUUAGUAGUUCACAACUGGUUUGUAAGGACGAAGGUGCAGAAAUAUGGGAAUUUUGGAAAAGAUAUCUGAAAUUGAAAAAGAAAUUGCUAGAACUCAGAAAAAUAAAGCUACUGAAUACCACUUGGGCCUACUAAAAGCUAAGUUAGCAAAAUAUCGCUCGCAGUUAUUGGAGCCUUCUAAAAAGGGGGGAGAUAAAGGGGAAGGCUUCGAUGUGCUCAAAUCUGGAGAUGCACGCGUUGCAUUGAUUGGGUUUCCAUCUGUUGGUAAGUCAACUCUGUUGUCAACACUGACACACACACACUCUGAAGCUGCAAGUUACGAGUUUACCACAUUGACAUGCAUCCCAGGAGUGAUAGAAUACAAAGGUGCCAACAUACAGCUUCUGGACUUACCUGGUAUCAUUGAAGGGGCCGCACAGGGAAAGGGCAGAGGGAGACAAGUGAUAGCAGUCGCUCGCACAGCAGACCUUGUGCUCAUGAUGUUGGAUGCCACUAAACCCUAUGUGCACCGGCAGCUGCUGGAGAAAGAAUUGGAAAGUGUUGGCAUCCGGCUCAAUAAGAACAAACCUAAUAUAUAUUUUAAGGUAAAGAAAGGUGGUGGACUUUCGUUCAACUCGACGUGCCAGCUCACCAAGGUGGAUGAGAAGAUGGUGCAGAUGAUUCUGCAUGAAUAUAAAAUAUUUAAUGCUGAGGUGCUAUUCCGCGAAGACUGCACGGCGGACGAGCUGAUCGACGUGAUCCUGGCUAACCGAGUGUACCUGCCCUGUAUGUACGUGUACAACAAGAUUGACCAGAUCUCAAUACAGGAGGUCGACAGGAUAGCCAGGGAGCCCAACUCCGUUGUGGUCAGUUGCAACAUGAAGCUGAACUUGGACUAUCUUCUGGACACACUGUGGGAGUACCUCUCGCUGAUCAGAGUGUACACCAAGAAGCCCGGCCAGCCCCCGGACUUCGACGACGGACUUAUCCUCAGGAGGGGCGUGACAAUCGAACACGUGUGCCACGCGAUCCACCGCACCCUCGCGGCGCAGCUGAAGUACGCCCUCGUGUGGGGCACCAGCACCAAGUAUAGUCCGCAGCGCGUCGGACUCUCGCACACCGUCAACGACGAGGACGUCGUGCAGCUCAUCAAGAAAUAACACCCGCCCUCACU